AUGGGCCUAAAAAGUAGUUUCUCCAGAAAAUAUCUUAAGAUUUGGACUGGGCUUUUGGCAUUUUUAAAUGGCAAUGGAAGAGGUGCGGCCCAAACCCUAAACCCUAACCCUAACCCUAUAAAUGCCUUGCGACAUUUCCAUCUUACUUCGCGAAGUCUGGUUGGUUCACAACGGUCCUUUCUGCGAUCUGGUAAUGCAUGUUUUCUGUGUGUUCACUUCGGUGUUGUUUUAGUGCACCAAAUAGCCCUUUGCAACUUUGAGUUCGUGGUUGUAAAGAAAGUUCGAGUAAAGAGCCCAUGUUGCUUCCAUGACAUUACUAGGAUUAGCUGCAUUGAAGCUUUCAUGAUUUACAUUUGCAUGGAAAAUAGGAGUUUUGCCUCCACCGCUCCCCUUCUCGCUCCCCUUCUGCAACGAGAAUAGCGACUGCUGGCCUCUCUGCAAGCAGUGCGCGAUCUGUGCUUGCUGCGAUGGCGUUUGUUUUCGUGGCUGCACUCGAAAGGCGCUGGAGAUUGAUCUGUCGAGCAAAGCAAAGGUGAUGAAGAACUGUUUGCCUGUCUGAAUAACUCAAUUGACAUAAUAUUAUGUUGUAGUGUAAGCGGAGAUGCAACUUUGUUUCUAGUGUUGUUGUGCCUAAAUAAAAUGGGAGUUGAGUACCCAAGAACAAGUUUGUGCUUUCA